ACACAGACGAAUUUACCCUCGUUGUUGAUUCUAGGGUAAAGCCCAACGAUGUCCAUGGAAUUGGGAGUCGCUUCGCCGGAGCGACAACAGUGGUGGAAUUGUGGAUUCGUUGCUCCUUGCACCGACGUGGUGAAUGUCGUUCUGGUGGGUCUCGACAAAAAGGCCGCCAAUAACAGCGACACUGACCCGGGGAUCCGCACCGCCAACGUGACCGUCACCCCCAGCAGCGACUUCCGCGGACAAUUCUACAGAGGUAUGGGGUUCGCAGUUGUAGAAUCGAAAUUAUAUGCUUUUGGUGGUCGUGAGGUUUGUGACUCCCCUGAGCCUGACCCUGAGUACGAUUUUGAUCUCCAAACUGGCAAGUCGUACUGGACAUAUCCGCGGUAUCUCUACGUCUGCGAUCUGGGGACGGAUCCGGAAAUCCAAAAGGAACCGCUUCAAUUCAGGAAAAUGGAAGUUAAGCUGAACGGACCCAAGGUCUGCCCGAUUCACGUUUCUUACAAGAAGGAGAAGCUUUUCAUCUUGUCCAAGGGCUAUCCCCCCAUCUCGCCGUUUGAGCCUGAGCGCCCUGCUCCUUGCGAGGUCUUGAACCUCAAAGAUCUCACCGUGCAAACCAUCGACACGCCAUCCCAAGUGUGGGAUACCGAUGUUAGCAGUUAUAAGUACAAUUGUUUCCUUCCUGUUUACCUCGGACAUGUAGUUGUAGGGAGUGAAUUGAUUGUUUAUAUCGAUACCGAUACUUACCCCUGUCUGUAUGCUCUUGAUAUGGAGAGUCUAAAAUGGCGCCCCAUAAUCACUAGUACGAGUAUGGCUCAGUAUGCUGUUAACCUGUCCAGAAAGGACUUGUUACUGGGUUUUAUGGCGUACACACACAAAAUAUAUGACAUUACGCCCUGUUCGAAUGUUGUUCGCAAUGGUAAGGUUUUUCAGCUGAGGAUUGAAAAUCCUGACACCGUACACAAACCCCAUGUCCGUCCUAAUUACAAGGAUGUCACUGUUGUGAACUUGGAUCCUUCCGCAAGUUAUGAUCAGCUGCUGUGUUUGCCGCGUAAGCCUGAAGCUAGGAGGUUGUUUGCUCUAGCUGAGUUUCUGCAGACAACUCCAGGGGAUAACUGGGAAACUACUGAUGCAGGGGUGCUUCCUUUUGGAUAUGGUGAUGAUGAUGUGUACUGUCUCUUCCUCUGGCAUAAAGCGUAUACAGAGUCUGAAGCGUCCCAAGAAGUGAACAACUCUUUCAGCAUUUGCAGGUUUAAAUUGGUUGGCAAUUAUGGGCGCUGUAAAGUCUUAGAGACGGCGAGGGAUUUUGGUCGUUUUAUGGAUGAUCUGGAAUGCCCUUAUUUCACGGCCUUUACUCCCACUAGCGACAUAGGGCUGUGUAUUUUGUGAAGGAGGAUCUGCCCAGCCGUGUGAAAUCGAUCGCCUGAUUAUCCUAAUUAUGUAUACAUAGUUAAUCGUCAAUCUGGACCACCUUUUAAUUUUGGAACAGAGCCUCCACGAUCCAUUGGGCGGUCCUGCUUGGACUUCCUUUUGGACCAGCUUCCUCCCAUGUCUGCAAGUGGACAGACAAUCUCUGAUUUCAUGAUCGGACUGGAUGUUGAAUCGGAAAAAUCAUUGGUUUGUGAUUCAAUGAUAAAUCGUAUAGAUCUUUAUGGCAUCUUCAUCAACCAACCUCGAGCUUCAAUCUUCACAUAAAUCAAGUUUUUCCAUCAGGGAAGAGCCACAGUUCUUCGCGGGAUUCAACUCAAGUUCAAAAGGAAGAGUCAACCGUUGCCAACGACGUCGUUCCCACGAAGCCACGGGCUCGUUUUCAGGACCCAGUCAGCCGUGCCCAACAAGAAAUCGCCGGCCACAAACAACAACCACCGCCAGCAAAAGAACAAGACCAACAAGGAGAAGGAGGAGUACUCUGCUCCUGUCGAGGCAACUGAAGCGCCGGCGAUGUCGUUGAUGGCUUUGAAAGAAACGAGCUAUUACGUAAUGGAUGAGAGGACAAGAAGGCUCGUGGAGAUGGCUAAUCGUUACCUCGGAAAGCACCGUUCGCAUGACGGAUGUUCGCUUAAGAGGCAAAGGCUGGACAACUAAGCUUCUACUAUCCACUGCUACAACGUGGUUAAAUUAGACUUGAGCCCUAAAUUUUCGGUACUUAAUCAAUUAAUUGUUAAACCAGC